CAUCCUGCUCCUUCUCAGCCAUUACUGCCUAUAAAGAGGGUAGUCCAAGCCUAGGCAUGAGCUGUCAAAACAAGAGCCCUGGGAGCUCUGGGAAUGCUCCUGAAAGUGCUCUCCUCCCACCUCCGAGGACCAUGGUCUCUUUGGCUUUCCUCUCCAUCCUCAUCAUUUCAAUAACUGGUUUCAGCUUUGAAACUAAAGAGUUUGCUAGAUAUGACAUUCCAAAUGCCUGCUGCCACUUUUAUGCCCACCGCCGGAUCCCAUACAGCCUCGUGGUAGACUUCUAUGAGACCAGCAGCCUUUGCCACAAGCCAGGCAUCAUCUUCCUCACCCAUAAAGGUCACGAGCUCUAUCACUACACAUAUAACACCCCAAAUGCCUACUGCUUCUCCUGGGCCCACUACAAGAUCCCCAACAUGGUGAAUUUUUAUGAGACCAGCAGCCUGUGCUGA